UAGAAUCUUUCGUCCGAAAUCCUAAACCUUUUGAGUUUUAUUUCUUUAUAGUCCAUUCCUUAAGUUAUUUUCAAGCCCAUAGUAGAAUUAGACCAAUAGAAACUGAGACCCAAACUUUAACCUAGGUAGAGCCCAUUUAGCUUCUCUUUUCUUUUUGUCCUAGUUGGACCCAAUUAACUGCCCCCAUUAAGCAAGGGAUAAAGUGGAGAGAGAGUGCAAAUUCUUUUAUAUGGUGGAGAGGAGAGCGUUAACAGAAGACUCAAUCAAAUCAAACCAAUAGAAAAAGGAACAAGACAGCACUUCCGAAUGGCAACUCCGGUGAAAGUGUACGGCCCACCAUUGUCCACGGCUGUAUCUAGAGUCUUGGCUUGUCUUCUUGAGAAAGAUGUUCAAUUCCAGCUUAUCCCCAUUAACAUGUCCAAGGGCGAGCAUAAGAGUCCUGAUUUCCUCAAGAUCCAGCCCUUUGGUCAAGUACCGGCAUUUCAAGAUGAAAGCAUCUCUCUCUUUGAGUCUAGGGCAAUUUGCAGGUACCUAUGUGAAAAGCAUGCAGAGAAGGGAAACAAGGGAUUGUAUGGAACCAACCCAUUGGUGAAAGCUUCCAUAGAUCAAUGGCUGGAGGCUGAAGGGCAGAGCUUUAACCCCCCAAGCUCAGUUCUUGUAUUCCAGCUUGCAUUUGCACCCCGAAUGAAGAUUAAGCAAGACCAAGCCUUAAUCAACCAAAAUGUAGAGAAGCUAGCAAAAGUGCUGGAGGUGUACGAGAAGAAUCUCGGAGAAAGUCGUUUCUUGGCGGGCGAUGACUUUUCUUUAGCCGAUCUUUCGCACCUGCCUAACACACAUUACUUGGUGAAUGCCACUGCUAGGGGAGAGCUCUUCACUUCCAAGAAAAAUGUGGGGAGGUGGUGGGGUGAGAUUUCGAGCCGUGAUUCGUGGAAGAAGGUGGUUGAUAUGCAGAAGCAGACGACUUGAACAAUGGUUUGGUUGGCUUUUCUUUUCUUUCAUGUUAAUCUUGUUGAGCUUCUGCUUUGAAGUUCAACUAGAGGGAUUUGCUAUAUUUCCUAGUUGUUAUUCCCUUUGUUGUUUGCUCUUAGAUUUCGUGGAUCUCUCCAAAAUCAAUCAUGACGCUUUCAAUGUAUUUAGUUUUUAGAAUAAAAGAUAUAAUCCUUCACUUGAAUGCCGUCUAAAGAUUGUUU